AUGGACGCUGCGCCUCUGCCUUCAGGGGCCCAGCCCAGCUGGAUCCCAGAGCCCACCAGGCCCUGGCUGAGCAAUUCAGGCAGCGCCGAGCCCAGCUCGGGGGCCCUCCCGGUCGGAACGCAGCGUUGGAUCAUGAACAACAGUGCGCAGGAGGAGACUUCGCCCCCGUUUCUGACGGACGCAUGGCUCGUGCCUGUCUUUUACGCCCUCAUCAUGCUGCUUGGUCUGGUGGGGAACUCUCUGGUCAUCUAUGUCAUCAGCAAGCACCGCCAGAUGCGCACCGCCACCAACUUCUACAUUGCAAACCUGGCUACCACUGACAUCAUAUUCCUAGUGUGCUGCGUGCCCUUCACUGCCACACUCUACCCCCUGCCCAGCUGGGUGUUUGGGGACUUCAUGUGCAAAUUUGUCAACUAUUUGCAGCAGGUGACUGUGCAGGCUACAUGCAUCACCCUGAUGGCUAUGAGUGUGGACCGCUGCUACGCCACGCUGUACCCACUGCAGUCGUUGCAUUAUCGAACUCCCCAGGUGGCCAUGGCUGUCAGCAUUGCGAUCUGGAUUGGGUCAUUCAUCCUAUCGCUGCCCAUGGCUGUGUACCAUCGGACUGAGGUGGGCUACUGGUACGGCUUGCGCACCUACUGUAUUGAAGCCUUCACCAGCAAGAGCCAGGAGCGCAGCUUCAUUCUAUACACUUUCCUGGCUGUCUAUCUGUUGCCCUUGUUUACUAUCUGCCUCUGCUAUUCCAUCAUGCUCAAGCGCAUUGGGCGCCCCGUGGUGGAGCCCAUGGACCAUGAUUACCAGCAGGUGCAGCAUCUAUCUGAACGCUCAGCUGCCAUGCGGGCCAAGAUUUCCAAGAUGGUUGUGGUGAUUGUGCUUCUGUUUGCCAUUUGCUGGGGGCCGAUCCAGUUCUACUUGCUCUUUCAGGGUUUCUAUCUCCACUUCCAAGCCAACUAUGAGACCUAUAAGAUCAAGACAUGGGCCAACUGCAUGUCAUAUGCCAACUCUUCUCUCAACCCCAUUGUCUAUGCUUUCAUGGGAGACAGUUUCCGUAAGUCCUUCAAGAAGGCCUUUCCCUUCCUGUUCCGCCAGCGUGUACGGGACAAUGGCAUCCACUCAGGCUCCCACAAUGCAGAAGGAAUGAAAUUUGUCACUGAAGAGACCUAA